CUUUAUUCAGCUCAUUCUCCUCUUUUUUUCCAUUCUUUACAUAUUUCAAUUCUAUCACCAUGCGUGUUGAACAGUCUACUCUUUUCGGCGCACUUGCCCUGUCUCCGCUGGCGUUGGCAGGCCCAUUGUUCCAACCCCGAGCCACGGCCGACUCGGGCGCCUAUGAUGAGUUCCACAGAACGGCGCAGCUGUCCUCCGCUGCUUAUACCGGCUGUAUUGGUACAGCUUUCGAUGUGACCAUCACCAAGCAGAUCAACGAACUCUCGACUGACACCCAGGGUUUCAUCGGUUACUCCACCUCGAAGCAGAGAAUCACCGUGGCCAUGAGGGGCUCCACGAGCGCCACUGAUAUUGCCAACGAUGUCGACACCACACUGGUGACUCCCUCCCUGUCCGGAGUCAACUUCCCCUCUGGUGCUCAGAUCAUGCACGGUAUCUACUCGCCCUGGUCUUCUGUCCACGAUGACGUGAUCUCCGAGGUCAAGUCCCUGGUGGAAAAGUACCCGGACUACACCCUUGAAUCCACCGGGCACUCCCUGGGUGGUUCUCUCACCUACAUCUCCUAUGUUGCCCUUGCCCAGAACUUCCCUGGCAAGCAGAUCAUCAGCAACGCCCACGCCGCCUACCCCAUCGGCAACGAGGCCUUCGCCAACUUUGGUGCCCAGCAGAAUGGCACCCUGAACCGGGCCAACAACGCCGAUGACGGUGUCCCGAACAUGUACGUCAUGUGGCCUUGGGACUUCGUCCACUACGGAACCGAGUACUACAGCUCCGGUACCGCCGCCACCACCGUCAAGUGCAGCGGUGAGCGCGACACCUCAUGCUCUGCCGGAAACGGCCAGGUCGGUGUGACUGCUGGUCACUUCUCGAACUUCGGUAUCCAGAUGGGUCUCGCUGGCUGCUCUUCGCUGUAAGCCUCUCUAUAGGCGACGCGACGCGAUGCCACACUCCACCCAUCCAAACUGGACCGGUGGGGGCUAGAGCUCGUAUAAACAUCAUCCAUCUGCAUGCUGGAUGGACCAUGGGAAAGAGAAGGAGGCUGGAUAUUCUCGCAGCGGGCCUUGGCGG